CCACUCCCCAACGUAAGGUUUCUCUUUCUUUCAACCCUGAUGGCGAGCAACGCCCCGGGCCCGUCUACGCAAUCAGUGCCCCAAUUAGGACCCCGUGUAACGCAGGAAUCUGGAGCUCCCCCUUUUGCCAUUGGCGAGUGCAUCCUUGUGCGGAUUCCUGAACCAAUCGAGGUGGAGAACUUUGUUGAAGCCGAUGCUACCAUUGUUGGAUCGAAUCUUCCACCCGUGUCCCGAGGAGGAGGCCCUCAACGUCUGGCCUUUAUAUGUGAUAUUAGGGUCCACGACGAAUCUUUCAUUCUGGAUGUCUACCCUGUUCUCUCUUUCUCUCGUUCUGGCGGAGCUGUCGUAGCCUACAACAAUAUGCGUAAUCCAAUCUCAAAGGCAUCACUUCUCCCACUCCCGUCCUUUUCAUCUAGACACCCAACACCCCAUACUUUCGGACAACCUCUCACCUUUGGGAACUGGACAACUCUUAAUGACUCGUUUUUACAUAUCUUCCCCAGGCAAUUCACUAUGCCUCCUCACAGAUCCUUUAAACGUUUCGAACCUCCGCUCUCAAUGCCUUUAAACUUGCAAGCCCGCGUCAAGCGUUACCGAGCAUACCUCUCGACCGCAGACCCUGAAACUCUGGCUGUUCAAUCCCAUCAUCCCCCUCCCAAUGGUGGGAGUGGAGAAGGUCCACCACAUGACCAAAUUGGACAUGGGGGAGGGCAGGCGACGUCUGGAGGAUUGUCAGUAACCAGCUCACCAACCAUUAUCGGCGAUGGAGAUGGGGACGGGGGGAAAUCAGCUGAGGAGGGGCUAGCUGAGGUAUUUGAAGAUGUUGACGAGGAUGCAGAGGAUGGAGACGCCACCAUGCUUGACGACCUUCGCCUCCUGGCAGCCUCUCAUCCGAUGUGGGAAGACGAACUGAAGCAAUUAUCCAAGCGCAGCAGAAGAGAAAAGAUGGAUUCAGAAAGAACGCGCAGCAAGAUUGGCCCUCUGGCGGGAAGACGCGGCUGUUGA